AGCGCUUCCUUCUUUGUUCAAAAACACACGUGAGGUGCAACGCAGGCAUUGUGAACAGAUCUAGGACUAUCAUUCAUAUCCUGACGUUAAUUACAAAAUAUGAAACAUGCAAUAUCGGGUCAGAAAAUAGAGGAGGACAAAUUGCCGCCUGCUUUAUGACCACAAGUAAUAGUAACUGUUGGAGUAACAGGCAAAGGCUGCUGCAGCCGAGAGAUGUCGGGUGUAAUCAUAACGUGUCCAGCUUUGGCAGCUGGUCCACCAGUGAUUCUCACAAAAGACUCAUUGUUUUCUCUCAAACUGAGCACCUACAACACAGAACCGGGAACCAGAGUCAAUAUCAGCUGCUACCAGGAUUUCCACUUACAGGGACCAAGCCAGUUGUACUGUACAAAUCAGGGGAAAUGGGAUAAUGAUAUUCCGAAAUGCAUCGACAGUUUAAAAGAUAGUCAUCCUCCCAGCACUUCCAGGAAUUCGCAAGCGACAAACUUUAUCGUAGCGGUUGGUGCUAGUGCCGCUGCUGUCCUUAUUGUGGUGGUAUUCUUCUUUGCAGCGUGCUGGGUGAAACACAGAAAAAGAUAUAGGCAGAGAAGAGAUGCACCCCAUCAGACGGUCUUCACCACAUUUACCGGGAGGGAUGCCCAAAUAAUUCAGUGGCUAGAAAGCACUCAGCAGGCGGUCAAUGAAACUGAAGCACCGUACUCAAAUUGUAACCUCCCAGCGUAUUCAGAAUGUGUAGGACACCAUCCGUACGUCAAUGCACCCUACGAGUUUGCCUCAGCUCCGUCGGACUACCCGUCAACGCGGAGAGGGGCUUACCGACCUACGACAGCAGCGACGUACGGUUAUGAAAACCGAGCAUACAAUGAAAACUGGGAUAAUGCUCAAAAUGACAUGCAUCAAAGGGGGUUUCCUAGAGAUCCUCCGCCAUUGUAUUCUGAAAUUGCUCAGGAAAGGAUGACAGUAAUGCGGUAUUCAAAUACAUGAUGCUAGCGAGAAAAUCUAGUUGUAAAAUACGAAAAGGAAAGUGACCUUAAUGCGUCAGCCUUUAUUAUUAUUUUUUGUUAAUGAGAAGUUAAUGAGAAUUUUGAUAGUUUCAUGAAAUGGCUGUAAUUGUCCACAGAUAAAAAUGGGCGGAUUUCGAUAGAAUUUUUCUCACAUUUUUUAAAGGACCUCUCCUAUAUGUAGUAGCUUUGUGGUGAUGUCAUUGCCUGUCAUUAUUCGAUUUUUUUUACAGACGUGCCUAAGUUCUAUUAUUUAGCAAAUAACAGUAGGCGGUUGGAGUAGUAUGCGCCUUUACAAGAAUAACAGUUUAAUGAUCGCAAGUUGUGCAAUCCAUUUACAGUGCCAAAGAUGAAAAAAGGUUAAUGCCUUUCCUUUACAUAGACACAUUACCGUGUCCUUUGUGUCUUCCACCCUUAUAUCUUUUUCUAACGCAAUGCUUGUAUGUAUGUAUGUAUGUAACUAAUGUAUGCAUUAUAUGAAGUGCAGGUGCACCAAAAACAGAAACCUAGACUGUCUAGCUCUUUCUCUCUUGCUCUUUCUCUCUUAUGUCUGACCUUGGGCAAACAAAAUAUAUUAUGCGUCCGAGGUCUGAUGCAGGAUGGGAGGUAAUACGAGCGACUGCUCUGAAAUUCAGGUUUCAGAAGUUGUGUGCCUAAUAAAAUUAUCUCUGUGCUCUAAUUCUACAGGAUUAUGAAAUCAAUGAUGUCAUUGACUGUUUCAUAAGUUGUAAAAAAGAGUUCACAUUUUAUGUACUAUUAAUAUUUAUAUAUUAGUGUAACGCUAUGUUAGAUAUUCUCGCGCGGAUGGCGCUUUUUUAACGUGUUUUCCAUCUAUUGUUUGCCCCAGAUGGAAGAGGCAGACCUUGUUUUCAAAAAAAUAGA